AUGAGGAGAGACUCCAAGGCAAUAGAGCUAGGAGCUUGGGAGGAAUCUUUGAAGAGCAAGGCGCGUGCGAUAGCUGAAGAAUUUCCAAUCGCCGAUGUGAGAGUCACAGUGCUACCGCCGCCCAGAAGGAAGCUUCCCAUUGUUCGCUGCCUGGCAGAUGUGGAUUUUCUGGUAGAGGUAGCUGGGUCCGUGAUGGACCCUCCUGCAUGCGCGCACUGCGAGGCCCACUUAUUCUCCCGCGUGAUCUCCCUCUUCCCGCCGCCCUCCCUGGGCUUUGACGAGCUCAUUGACUGCCUCGAGUUUCCAGCGCGCCUGCGCAGGCCCUUGAACCUGCACAUGCUGCUGAGACGAGCCGAGCACAUGCUGCUGAGACGAGCCGAGCAGGUGCCCGUGUAUUUCCUCGUUCACAUGGCCAUCUGGUGCGCCCAUCCUCUUCUGGAAAAGAGUGAGUUUAUGGGGCGUGGCGUUGCAGCAGGGCAGGGAGUGCAGUCGGGUGCGAGCGAGGGCGGUGGGAAGGAAGGACGAGAAGGUGGAAGGGUGGAGGUGCAAGGCCACUGGGACGGUGAGGAGGGUCAGGAGAACGGUGGAGAGGUGUGGGAGGAGGUUCGGAUGUGGUAUUCCGCAGUGAUGGCUGAGUGGAGCGUGGGUCUGCCAAUGGUAGCAACAGCAGUGGCAGCAGCAGCAGCAGCGGCAGCAGCAGCGGCAGCAGCAGCGGCAGCAGCAGCAGCAGCAGCAGCAGCAGCAGCAGCAGCAGCAGCAGCAGCAGCAGCAGCAGCAGCAGCAGCAGCAGCAGCAGCAGCAGCAGCAGCAGCAGCAGCAGCAGCAGCAGUGUUUCGAGGGGUGGUAGCAGCAGCAGCAGUAGCUCUAGCAAGGGGAAGGGGAAAAAGGGGGACGAGCCGGCUCAUCUGA